AAAAGGAGAAAGCGAAGGCUGGAAUCAAAACCCCAGCGAGAGGAGGAGAGGAGGGUUGCAAGUAGGGAAGGGCAAGCGGAGCAGUAAGAAAUGGGUGGUGUGGGUGCAUUUUGGGGAACGCGGGUGAUGCAGAUUGUGAAGAAGCAUGAUUCUGGAGGACUCGUUUGGAAGAGAAUCAAGCUCACCUCUACUCGCAAAGCCAAUGCUAAGAAGCGUCUCCUCCGCGUUUGGCAGAAUGAAGCUGUCCUAAAGGCAUGUUCUGAACCAUCUCCUUCAGUAACUUCUUCUGCAACUGCCAACAAUGCUUGUCACGAUGUUGCCUAGAGUUGUUAAGUUGAAGGGCAUCUUCAACCACAUUAGCCCCAUCUGAUUUAGUCGUUGUCAAAUUUUAGCAGGAUUCUUUAAUUAGCCACUGUUUUUACACUUUCUUUUCCAUUAAGAAAAAAAAAAUAGAUUUAUAACCUUUUUUGGUGCAUGACCACCAAAAAUGUUACUCCAUGACAACUUUUAGAGGUUGAGCUACAUGAAAAGCAUGAGUAAUAUCAAUGAUGUUUGAAGAUAUCCCGUGACAGCUAUUAUCUUGCUUGCUGUACAUGUCUCUUGCCUACUUCAUG